AAGUGCAUAUGUUUGUUUAGGCUAGCUUAGCCUACCUCGCUAUAUCAUCCUCUUUGUAGUUCAGCGUUUUAAUCGUAUAUUUAAUUUAUAUUUAUUUAAAUCUCAUGUCUUAUAAAAACGAACAAAAAACAAAGCAGCAAGCAUCCGUUAUGUUGUUACAGCUCGACUGUUAAUGUACUAGCGAGCUUUGUUAUUGUCAUUAGACAUGUUUUGCUAGCUGGAUGUCUUGUGUUGUAAUGUAUAAAUACGGCGUUUUAGCUUUGUAGACCUGUCAAACAGGUCAUCUAGGAAUCUUUCUGUAAGAUCCAUCUUAGUUUAUUUAAUAUCAGAGCGCAAAAUCUAAAGCUAGGUAACUAACGUUAGCUAACAUCCGGUUUAAACAGCCGCAAGCAGGUAACGGUAGGUUUUUAAAAGGAAGUGAGCAGUUUCUCAUUGAUCCGAUCUGCAGGGUUUGUUUGUUUGUUUGUUCGAGCUCUACGAUGUCUACGUCCAAUUUUAAGAAUAAAUGUGUUGCUCAAGUGAACUGCAUUUACUGCGAUAGCCUUCUGUGUACAAGGGGAAUGAAAGCUGUGCUUUUAGCUGAUACAGAAAUCGAGCUGUUCUCCACUGACAUGCCUCCAAACAGGACCGUCGAUUUUGUUGCAGGCUGCUAUUCGACAGAAAGCUGUAAAUGCAAAUUAAGAGACAUCGCUUGCUUGAAGUGUGGAAAUGUUGUGGGGUAUCAUGUAGUGGCUCCGUGCAAACCCUGCCUGCUCUCCUGUAACAACGGCCACUUCUGGAUGUUCAACAGUGAAGCUGUUUCCACCAUUAACAGACUGGACGCAUCAGGAGUGAAUCUGCUGCUGUGGGGAGAUCUGCCGGAGCUGGAGGGAAGUGAGGACGAGAGCACAGGCAGCCUUUCAGAAGAGGAAUACCUCAGAUAGAAGGUCAUAGAGGUAUCAUUGCCCUCUUCCUCCGUUAAAUAAGUACUUGGGAGACUCUUGUGAGAAUCGCCAUUUGAAGCACAUCCUGUUUGUUGACUAUGGGGUGGGGGCUGGGGUGGGGUGGGAAUGCAGAUGCCGACGCCGCAGAUUGAUGAAGCUUUUUGUCUUAUCAUUGCACCCUCGACAGCAGCCUGCUUUUUUUGAGUAUAUUUUUGCUACAGCACCUGAUAUGACUAGAUCACGUGAAAACGCACGAGCCUUUGAGUCAUUUUCUUCUUGCCGAUUUCAUCCCAUUCGAUAAACUCUGACAACUGGAAGAAAAUGUGAUGUGUCGGGUGAAAAAAAAAGAAGCAAAUCUGUCCAAAUAAGCCUGUCAUGCAGUUAUUUCAAACUGCAACAGUGUGCAUUAUUAAUUAACAUUAAUUAUUUUCGUUGUUUUAUGGAAACGACAUACUUGAAAUAUAACAAAUGUGAGCAACAUAUUUUCUGUGAAAGAAUCGCAGAAGCACUUCAUCACGUGUAUAUUAACUUUUAUUUAAAAAAAAAAGACAUCAUGCCAAGUCUUGAGUGUAAUUUGAGUGAAAUUCAUGAAAACAGUUGAAUAAUAAGAGCGUGAAUGACAUGUGAGGUAAACCUGGGGAUGGACGGAUGGAUGAAAUGUGUGUAAAUGCGUACGAGGGACGGUUUUGAUUUUUUUUUCCUUCCUUUAUUUUUUUUUUGUACCAAUUUUUACUUACAUAAUCAUACGUUAAGCCUUAUGCUACGUUCACACAUAUAGCGACUCAGAGUCAAAGCGAUAGUUCGUUUUCAGUGAUAUGAUGCGACUCGGUGCAGUGACCAAUUAGAGUGAAGCCCGUUAACACGCACGCUAGAACGCGCUUUUUAUCUCGUAUAUGAUGCAUAGACACAUUGAUGUGUGUGUGUGUAAUAUAUAUAUAUAUAUAUAUAUAUAUAUAUAUAUAUAUACACACACACACACACACAUGUCAAACCUCUCUCCAGAUCGCUUAAAGUGCCAAUGUCAAUAAGAAACAUUAUUACUAUGGCAACCCAAAGCAGGAACGCCUACUGACGACUUUAUAGUGCAGCGAUAAAAUCGCCGUAUUUGUGAACGCAGCAUGAGGUCGAAGUAGAGUAGCACAAUUUUGGAGUUAGAUGAACCUAAACACAACUUGCUAACGCUGAUAUUCGAAAUAGCCAGUCUUAUAACAUGUAAUAUACUGUAUGUACACAAAAACAUGCACUGAAAUACAGUUUAAUAAUAGCAUUAUUUACACAAUUUCUUUUUUUUUUUUUUUUGUGCACGGUUUCUACACAGCAUCUUUUCUGCUUCCUGAUAUUCAUUUUUGACAGAACUUUAACCAAUACAUUUUUUUUUUCUGCUUCCAUGGGAAUCAUUCAACUGACAAAUAGGAAGAAUUACUUUUCUCCUCUAUCCUAUUUUUUACCAAAAAAUGUAAAACAAAUAAAUAUAUAUAUAAAGAAAUCCUUUAAUUUCACAAAAAUGAAUUAACUGUAUUAUUAUUUAUUAGUAAUUAUGUUGUGAAGGCACGUGCUCUCAAAAUUUCUUCAGAUAUCUGAAAUGUUAAGGUACUGACUAAAAAAAAGAUGGUGUUAUUGGCUUUUUUUUUUUUCUGGCUUUGCAAUUUGCAUUAAGAUGACUUGACCAAAAUAAAACGGUAGAAAUACUAUUAUUUUUAACUUAUUAACAGAAACGGUUUAUUUUCUGUAAUUUAUCAACAUUGUGAAUGUUUAUAUUUAUUAACAGACACGAGACUGUAUUUAUACUCUGAUAAAUUUCUCUCGCUCCGUCUGAUGACUGAAAGGAAGUUUGUAAUUCUUCGACUUUGCACUGUAAAAGUGUUGCUGGAUUGAACUUCAAGUUGUUUUGUAUGCUUGCUGUCUUGAUAUUAAACGUUUUUAAAGUGAA